AUGGAAAACCACAACAGUACUCACACUGGAGAGAAGCCCUACAAAUGUAAAGAUUGUGGCAAAGCUUUUGAGAAAAAAUCAUACCUUAUUUGCCACAGCAGAACACACACUGGAGAGAAGCCCUACAAAUGUAAAGAUUGUGGCAAAGCUUUUGGUCAAAAAUCACACCUUAUUCGCCACAGUAGAACUCACACUGGAGAGAAGCCUUACAAAUGUAAAGCUUGUGGGAAAGCUUUUGUUCAAAAAUCAGGCCUUAUUAACCACAGCAGAAAUCACACUGGAGAGAAGCCCUACAAAUGUAAAGAAUGUGGCAAAGCUUUUGCUCGAAAAUCAAACCUUAUUUUCCACAGCAGAUAUCACACUGGAGAGAAGCCUUACAAAUAGAAGACCUACAAAUGUAAAGAAUGUGGCAAAGCUUUUGGUAAAAAAUCAAACCUUAUUCGCCACAGUAGAACUCACACUGGAGAGAAGCCUUACAAAUGUAAAGAUUGUGGCAAAGCUUUUGGUCAAAAAUCAAACCUUAUUUGCCACAGCAGAUAUCACACUGGAGAGAAUCCUUACAAAUGUAAAGAAUGUGGCAAAGCUUUUGUUCAAAAAUCAGACCUUAUUAACCAAAGGAGAAUUCACACUGGAGAGAAGCCCUACAAAUGUAGAGAAUGUGGCAAAGCUUUUGGUCAAAAAUCAAACCUUAUUCACCACAGCAGAAAUCACACUGGAGAGAAGCCCUACAAAUGUAAAGAAUGUGAUUGUGGCAAAGCUUUUGGUCGAAAAUCGGACCUUAUUCACCAAAACAGAAUUCACACUGGGAAGAAGCCAUGCAAAUGUGCAGAAUGUGGCAAAGCCUUUGGUCACAAAUCAUACCUUAUUUGCCACAGMAGAACUCACAGUGGAGAGAAGCCCUACAAAUGUACAGAAUGUGGCAAAGCUUUUGGUGACAAAUCCGACCUUAUUCGCCACAGUAGAAAUCACAGUGGAGAGAAGCCCUGA